AUGUCAUACGAUUAUAUAAAAUCAUUUAAAUUAUAUAUGUUAAUUAAUARAAUGAAUAAUGCGAAAUACAAACAUUCCUGUGCAGAAACUCAGAAUUAUUUACAUUCAAUAGGUCAAACUAACAAUGAAACAUUAAAAAACAUCGGUUGCUCCCUUGAAUAUGGUUAUACAUUUUUAACUGCAACACGUGAAAAUACUUUAACUGAUUUGUGCACAUAUUUAAAUCUUUGGUUAGAUGAACAAAAGAGAAUACAUGUAUAUGAUAAAUUUAAGGUUAGUACGAAUGAAUGGCAAGUCUUUGAGGAUUUGUGGAACACAUUAAUGGAAGGACAGACUCCUGAUCAUAAAUGUGAAAGACAACACGAAGAAAACAAUAUAUCCGAAUAUAGUAAGCGCUUAGAUUUGAAGUCUUACUGUAUAAAUAGAGAUUAUUUUAAAAGAUUAUUCCAAUCAUCUUCAAGAUCCGAUGAAUAUAAAGCACAAAUAUGUAAAGGGUUUUCCGACUAUACACAAGAUAAUUAUAAUAAAUUGAUCGAGGGAAUGAAUUGUAUUGAUAAGAAAAAUGGCAUUAAUGAUUAUAAUUACCACAUUUCUGAUGAUUGCACUCUAUAUAAUAUUCCUAAAACGUUUCCAAAAUGCAAUGAAAAAACUGAAACUAUUGUAGAUGUUGACAAUUCUAAAAAAGAUAUAGAAAAAUGCGAAAGUAUUAAACAAGUAGUAGGUGCAGGCACUGAUUUAAAUGCAAUUCCUGUCCCAUUGGAUGGUGACAGAGAUGGAUUAGAUGUAGAUGACCAUGGAGCAAUGAAUAUUCUGGCUGUAUCAGCAGGUAGACCCGAUGAAUUAAAAGAUAGUCUCUCUGAAUCUAUAGAAUUAGCUCUUCCAUUACCAACAGCUGUAACUUCACCCAAUGAUAAACCUUCAAAACCUAUAUACUAUGCUGGAUUGUCAACAUUAGGAGUUGUUUUCACUUCCACAGUUUUGUAUAAAUACACAACCCUUGGACCGUUCAUCCGUUCUUUAGUAAGUAAAAAGGAAAAUUUAAGACAAACUACUAAUAAACAUUUAGCUGAACAGUGGCUGCAAAAAACAUCAGAAUAUAUGGAUUCUAAUUCAGAAAAUUCCCAUUAUAAUUUUCCUUAUCAUUCAAUGCAAAAUUAAC